AUGUCAGAUGAGAACACACCGACUGUGCUUAGGAAAGAAUGUCGAGAGCAGAAACUAGAACGAGUGGUUGUGUUCAAUGACAGAGCUGAACUGAAACGUGUCGUGCAAUGUGACUUAAAGCCCGGCUUAAACGAAGUCCAUGUUGAGGCAAUCAAGAAUCCUGUUGAUUUGCCUCUAUCCGCCAUUCAUCUCUUUCAAAUUGUAUAUUCACAGAACGUUACGCAACGUAUUAUAUACGAUUCGCUUCGUGUAGAUGGAAGAGGAGAUGGCAUCAUUCAUGACGUUCAGCUUCGUGAAAAACCAGCCAUUCAUGAAGAGACAGACUCACCAAAGGCCAUUGAAUUGCGAAGGAAAGUUGACGAGAAAGAGCAGGAGGUUUAUCUGCUUCAGGAUAGGGAGGGAAUUCUUAGGAAAAGGAUUGAGGUUUUAGAUAAAAUCGUUAGUGAGGUUGGUGGAGCUGUUGUGAAACCUCCAAAACCAGAAAGGGAAUCGUUCAUCCUGAAUCAGGAAACGCUCGAUAAUCUUUCGUCAUUUUUCAAAUUCUACGAGAACAGUUCUACAGAAGUUCGUGCUGGUUAGCC